AUUCAGUUGAAUCAAACACUCAGCCAGGCACCUCGACUACCUACCCCUAUCUUAUAAGGUUGACAAGAAGUAGGAGUUUGACCAAUCCCAUUCAUAUACAGCACGACUGCUCGAGAUUUGCCACACCUAUACUCACACAGGGUCAAAACUCCUACAAACACUAAUAGCCAUGUUUACCGUCCAAGAAACCGGUGGAGAUGCCACAUCCCUAAGCAAGGACAUUUUAUUAGUUUUCUACACUCUCCCGGAGAGAAAGGAACGGAUAAAGGAAUGGAUGGAGCACAUCACCAAUCGCUUCAAGGGUCUUAAAGUCCGAUGGGUUAGCGCGAUAAACCCCGACCACACCAUCGUAAAGCCUACGGACCUAGCCUCGGAUAUAUGGGACGGCGUGACGAUGCUUUCCACAUCCACGCCGCCUCCCGCCGAACUGAUACCCAACGUCCGCUUCGUCCAUGUAAACUCGGCCGGCGUGGAUAAGUGGCUGAACCAUCCCACUUACCAGAAUGGGAACGUCCUGUUUUCUACUUCGAACGGCAUUCACGCCCCACAGAUUGCGGAAUGGGUUAUCGGCGCCUGGCUCUCGCAUCAGCAUAUAUUCAUGCAUUACCUUUCGAAUAUGAAGACGGGGACCUGGGAAGCGCCCUUCGCAGCGGCCGUCAACGAUUCAACAGGACAGCGAAUUGGUAUCUUAGGGUACGGUGCGAUUGGGAGACAAUGUGCUCGCUUGGCUAGCGCCUUGGGUCUGGAGAUCUAUGCUUAUACGCGCCGCAAGCGGGAUGCCCCAGAGUCGCGCAAGGACGAUAGCUACUGCGUACCGGGCACCGGAGAUCCUGAUGGGAUCCUACCGGCAAAAUGGUUCCACGGUGCGCGCAAGGAGGUAAUCAACGAGUUCCUCGCGCAGAGCCUCGACCUAUUGGUUAUCAGCUUGCCGCUGACGCCGGAAACACGACAAAUCAUCUCCGAGGAGCAGUUCGAGAUCCUUAGCAAGAACAAGACGUUCGUGGUGAACGUUGCGAGGGGAGGCCACAUCAACCAAGAUGCGCUCCAGAAGGCGCUCGAGACAGGCCAGAUCCGCGGUGCUGCGAUAGAUGUCACGGAUCCUGAGCCUCUCCCCAGCGAGCAUCCUUUAUGGAGGGCCCCGAACCUCCUGAUCACUCCGCACGUAAGUUGGAAGGCCGACCAGGUCUUAGACAGGCAUCUGGAUAUCCUAGAACUUAAUCUUGAGAAGUUGGCCACCGGAAAGCCGCUCCUCAACGUCGUCAACCGCAAAUUGCACUACUGAAACGUGAUACAUAGAUAGGUAGGGCGAAGCAUGUGCAAAGGGAUGGUAAGCUCAAUCCGUUGAAGCAUUUCAGCUGGGAACGGGACAUACCUAAGGUAGCAAGUUGGUAAAUAGAAGUUAGAUGUGAAUAGAACCCCGACAUAGUCCUACA